UAAAUGACAUUCUUACCCUCAGACUAUCGCUUCGGCUCAAUCGUAUAACGCUAAGUUCUUAAAGGUCAAAAACGUAAAUACUACCAAAGCUUCAUCUUCCUCAUCCUCCUUCUUCUUCCCUUAUCUACCGUGAGAUGCUUCUUCACCAGUAGAAAAAAGAAAGAGACAAUGGUGGUUUCUCUCCCUAACUCGUUUCUCCUGAUCAAUCCAUGUGCUCAUUCUCUUGUAAUCAAAAAGCCGGUUAAGGCGGCAUCGAUUAGCGCGAACCGAGGAAGUAAACCGGCGGUGGUUCAAGUGACGUGCAGGAAGAAGGAUAUGCACCCAGAGUUUCACGAGGACGCUAAGGUUUACUGCAACGGAGAGCUCGUGAUGACCACCGGAGGGACUAAGAAAGAGUAUGUCGUUGAUGUUUGGUCCGGUAACCAUCCGUUUUACCUCGGGAACCGCUCGGCUUUGAUGGUUGAUGCUGAUCAAGUGGAGAAGUUCCGGAAGAGGUUCGCGGGGUUGUCGGAGAUUAUGGAGAUUCCGGUUUUGAAAGGAGAGAUUGUGUUGCCUACAAAGAAAAGCAAAGGUGCUGGCAAAGGAAAGAAGAAAUGAUGAGAACUUUGUAAUGUUGAAAUUGAGUUUUCUGGUAAAGCUUUGAGCUUGUCUUUGCUUAGACUGUUUGUGUUAUGUUUUGUUCUUGAAUGCAAAUGAAUAUAUUUUAUUUUUAA